AUGAACCCAACUCGUGUUCUGUACGAGCCUAUUGAAGAUUUAGAAAGAAUGGAAUACUAUCAGCACGUUGGGCAUGGGACAUACUCGACGAUUUGGCUGGCCCGAGAUGAGCGAUCUCGCAUAUACGUUGCAGUGAAAGUCUAUACGGCAGAUUCGAAACCGCCCGAAAUUGACGUCAUAUCGGAACUCUCGAAACCUCCCUUGUUGAUGAGUCUUUCUGACGCAAAGAACGGAUCUUGGAUCAGCCUUUUCCAGCUUGAAGUGGCCCGAGUCUUAGCGGCGCAGCCUGCGAUUGCUAUCCAUUAUAUUCAUUCAUGGGGCUUCGUCCAUGGAGAUCUUCAUUGCGGAAACAUCCUACUUCAACUGCGUCGUGACUUUGAUCAGCUUUCCACAAAACGGCUAUACGAGCAGUAUGGGGAGCCGCUACUUGAACCAGUCAAUCGUCUAGACGGCCAAACGCUCCCACCAGGCCUUGGGGAAGCAAGUGAGAAUAUCACACUUCCUGAAGCCAGGAUUAUCGUUUCAGUCUUUGGUGAGGCAUCCUCUCCGGCGCGAGAAAUGAAAUCCGAGUCUCAUACUCCUCUUUCGAUCCGCCCUCCGGAGGCUCGGUUUGAGCCCACUAAACCUCUCACUUUUUCAUCCGAUAUCUGGACUCUUGCCUGCACCAUCUGGGACAUCAUUGCCCAAAAACCCAUUUUCGAAGGCUUUCUUACCAACGAAGACGAUAGACUUGCCAGCAGAUUGAUGCACUUGGCUUACCACUUCACCGAGCAUGGAGAGCCGAUCAACCCAUCCCGUUCCCCACGUCGGACACUGGAGGAUCGCUUUGAAUCGAACGUGCAGCGACCACGGAUCAAAGAGGGUAUGUCACCCUUUGACUCGAGUGAACGAGGUACACUUUCCUCGAUGUUGCGCUCGAUGCUUCCUUUUCGGCCGGAGGAUUGUCCUUCUGCUCGAUAG